UCAAAGGCUGGCCCUUGGAUUCCGCGCUGGUGCCGACGUCGACUGGCAGUGACACCAAACAAAAGCGCCCAGCUGCGGCCAUCGUACGUGAUUCAAGCCUUGCCACCAUGGGAAUUUUCGCACCCCGAAUAGGGGACGUGGGGCUGAUCCUCCUUUUCCGUGCUUCAUGGAUUACGCUGUCUUGCGGUGCCGUUUUUGAUCAUGUUUCUCCCGCUGUGUUUUUCCAGCGCACAGCCCGAGGAUCAGCUGCCGUGUUCUCCAGCCAUGUGACCAAAGUUUUCAAACGAGCUGACUAGAGUUGUACCGCAGGCACUCUAGAGUAGCACUGCUCGCAAGUGUCACCAACAGCGAGACACCCCUCUCAGAGACAGACCUCUCUCAGAUCUCUAGCCAGAUCCAUUGCGAUCGCAUCCGAUCCACUCCCUGCUCGCCACCGCCGGCAACACCCAAUCACUGCGCCUCUUGCCAGGGCCUCUAUGGACCCCAUCGGAGCGGCCAUGGGGCAUCCAGCCUGACCGCUUGUCAAGCUGAGACGCCUUAGCGCGUUGGCGGCUCAAGCGGACCCUGCCGGGAGCCCCUGCCCCCAUGCACCAAAUGGAACUGUCUCGCCUUGUUUCGGGCCGCCAGCUGCUGGCUCCCACCUGGCGUCCACCCGCCUUGCUGGCCUGCACGCUUACGCCAUGUCGAUUUCCCUUCUCUCGAUUUGUUUCCUUGAUCCAUCGAGCGAGUGCUGUGCGACGUGCGUUAUCCUUCCUUUUUCCCUUAUUCUUUCCUUUACCGUUUAUUGCCCUCGUUCGUUCGAUACUCUGGGGUACACGUUCCUUCUUUAGUGACAUCUCGGCCCCUGCUUUGCUUCUUUAAUAUUCUAUUUCGUCACCUUGCUCUUUUGCUGGCCAACCGGAGCAGCGGGGGAAAUCGAACCGACCGGACCGGCAUCGACAAUACCGACGACGACCUUGGCUUAACUAGAGGAUAUCCAGACCAGAGCGCGAGAAAACGCUUGGUCUUGCCGGACGUCUUUUCUCGUGAAUUUGCAGUAUUCCCUUUCUAUUUCUCUUGUCCAUAUUCGACACCAAUGAGGCGGACCUCGAGGUGACGGCCCUUCCACCUCCUCGCACCGCUCGAGUGCCCUUGAUGGCACACCGACGACUCUGCGAGCUCCUCUGGCUCCUCGCGACGGCCGCCCCGGCAUUACUAGUCUCGCCAGCACUAGCGCAAGAUGCGUUCCCACCAUCGACUGCCAUAGAGCCGCACGAUGCCGGCUGCGUGCACAUGCCCAUCUUCCACCGCAACAGGGAGCAGCAUGGAAACCCGAGCCGCCGCGCCGUUCAGCUGCCCUUCAGCCAGCGCUUUGAUGUAGGAUAUUACACACGCCUGAGUUUCGGCAACCCGCCCCAGGAGGCUCUCGUGCACCUCGACACGGGCUCCUUUGAGCUCUGGAUCAACCCGACCUGUAGUGUUUUGUCUGCCGGCGAGCGCGCCUUCUGCCAGACAGGCGGCAACUACGACUGGACCAAGUCGUCCACCGCCGAGGAUCUUGGGACCACCAACCAGCUGCGCUACGGCAUCGGUGCCGCCAACAUCUCGUACGUGCGCGACACCAUCGGCAUCCCCGGCACCAACAUGCAGGUCAACAACGCGCAGUUCGGCGUUGCCACGGCGAGCGAGCAACAGAACGCAGGUAUCCUGGGGAUUGGCCACGGCGUUGGCCAGACCAUCAAGUACAAGAACUUUAUCGACGAACUCAGGGAUCAGAACGUGACAAAGACCAAGGCAUUUUCCGUUGCGCUUGGCGGCAAGGACGAGAAGCAGGGUAUCGUCGUGUUUGGUGGCGUCGACACCUCCAAGUUCGCCGGCCGCCUGGCCCGCCUGCCCAUCAUCCCCGCCAUGAUGUCGCCCGACGGCGUGCGCCGUUACUGGGUGCAGAUGCAGAGCCUGACCCUCAACCCGCCCAGCCGCCGCGCCCGCACCUACAACAACAGCCGCAUGGCCGUGUUCCUCGACACUGGCUCGACUCUGACCCUGCUGCCCGAGGAGAUGGUCAAGGCCAUUGCCUCCGACUUUGGGUCCACGGCCAUGGACGCCCAGGGCUAUUGGCCCGUCAACUGCGACCUGACGAGGGUCAACGGCACGCUCGACUUUGCCUUUGACAACAUCACCAUUCGGGUUCCCUACAAGGAGCUGAUCCGAUCGUUCAAUGGCAACUGCGUCCUGGGCCUCAGCAGCAACUCCAACUUUGUCCUGCUGGGCGACACCUUCCUGCGCUCUGCCUACAUGGUGUUUGACCAGGAUGCCGACUGCAUCUGGAUGUCCCAGUACGUCAACUGUGGCGCCUCCCCGGGCGCUCUUCAGACGACCUCGUCGCUCCGCACGCUUGAGGGUCAGUGUUCGCGCCAGUUUGCAGGCUCGGGUGCCGGCUCGGCCGCCGUGAGCCCCCCGACUCCGUCGGGCACAUCGCCAGCAAUGAAACCACCAAGCACAAUCACUUCAACCCCAGCAAGCGGCACAAGGAUAGCAGGACCCGGCGGGCCCGCCGGCCCCGCCAACUCCGGGCCUGGGCGGCCUGUGGCGGGCUGGGGGGCUGGUUUCGCGGCCAUUUUGUCAUUGACCGCCUCACUCUGGCCUUUAUUAGUCUAAAUAAUAUUCUGGCCUUUUUCUUUUCUUUUUGUUUGGUGCUAUUCUCUUCCAGUCCUUAUAGUUCACAUGCCUCUGCUGCGCAUAUUUUACAUAUAUCCAGCCGUUGUUGGUGGUACAUAUUUUUUAUUUCUCAUGCGUCCCGCACACCUCAACCCGCAUAUCCCCCUGUAUCUCUCUAGAGGACGGGCUACUUUGGAUGGGCUUUGUUUUCCAGGUUUUGGAAAGUUGAUACCCUCAUACCUCCUGCUCAUUGUUCCUGAGUUAGCGUCACCGGUGGACGGCAUUUAGCAUGGCGGCGUUUUCUUCUCCCUUCGUUUCGGCACAACCCCC